AUUUGCAGGAAACGCGAAACCGCAACUCCUAGAAAAACCCCAUGCCUGGUUUGGUUUCUGCUUAUGAGCAGUCCGUCUCUUUGAUCGUAUACACUAUACAGUUCAGAGAUUGAAUUGAAAUUCAAAGAUGGCAUGGAGGCAACUAAUGAACAACACGAGGGAAUUUUCAGUGUUUGCACAAGCAAAUUCAACACCUGGCUUCGUCAGAUUUUUCUCCAAAUCCCCACCUUACAUAGUGAAAGUUGGAAUUCCAGAGUUUCUAAAUGGAAUAGGGAAAGGAGUUGAAGCCCAUGCAGCCAAGCUUGAAUCUGAAAUUGGUGACUUUCAGAAACUUCUUAUCACGCGGACCUUAAAGCUCAAGAAGAUUGGCAUUCCUUGCCAACAUAGGAAGCUGAUAUUGAACUAUGCCCACAAGUUUAGGGUGGGGCUCUGGAGGCCCAGAGCUGACCUUAUGAAAGCAAAAUAAGUUGCCAGUUUCUUAAGUCCUUAGGAUGAGAAGAUGUUUGUUUGCUGCAAAACAGAACCGAAUCAGUUUGCUUUGUGGUUCUAAGGUUUCAGAGUGUUUGAUCUCAUGACAUAUGAAGUCGUAUAUCUCUUUUGUCAGAUUUCAUGGACUUUGUAGAUUAUUUUUUAUCACCACAUUUUGAAGCAUCAUUUUAAGAACAGAUUAAGGAUAAGGAGCAGAUUAAGCAAAACAAUGUUUUACCUC